GUUCGAUGCAACGGCCGCAGCGCUGUGUCCGUCGCAAGAGUCGAUCAGAAGCGCACCUCGCACAGAAUCAACUUUGUUAUUUUAACUGCCAUUUUAAAUAAAACAAUGGAACGUACGCAAAAAAGAAACAGUGCUGUGAUUGUUUAACUUGAUUUGAAGGUGGACUUGUAGCUCAAAACGUACUUUUUCUGUUUCGUAUUAAACUCAUAAACAAUAAAUGUUAUAUGAAUAUUUUUAAACUUAAUACAUAGAGUUAGCAGAAUAGAGUAGUGAUCGAUAAAAUUCUCAGCUGAUAACAGUUCAGCCCUUCUGACUUAGUGUUCCGCGGCACGUUUCGAGGCAUUUGGUACCUAUUUAUCUGUUCUUAUCUGAGAUUCGAUAGACAUUCGUAUUCUUAAGAUGGAGUGAAUCAGUGCAGUGAUCAAAAUGGUGAAAUUUUAUAGGAAAAGUAUCACGCACUCGGACUUGUGGGUGACUUCGCAUGAUAAACUGAGUGAUUUCUACGCGUCGUCAUGGCAACCUGGAGAAGCACCAGUCCCUCUGUUGGUCAUGAGGUUGAUACUAGCAAGUGCGGCUCUGGGGAUCCUGGUGUGGUCGGUGACCGUAUCCCCGACGCCCACAUGGCUGGUAUUCCUCACUAACUGGGGCCUUGUAUUAGUGGCGAUGACCACACUGAAUGGCCUAGUUUUGUCAUGUAUCGCUCUAUGCAGAAAGAACAUGGAUGGGGAUGGACUACCGUGGUUCGUGAGCACAUAUUGGUUCCUAUUCAACGUGUCUGUGACCAUCGCCAUCAUGAUCACUGCACUCUACUGGAUACUUAUUUAUGAUCCAGAACCUGAGGACCCGGAGUCACAUGAUUUGUGGCUGGAUAUCGGAACACAUGCAGUAAACUCCUUGAUUAUGUUAGCUGAGCUAUUGGCGACGAGGACGCCGAUACGAUUCCUGCAUCUAUACCAGCCCUUAGGAAUGGGCUUGUGUUACGCGGCCUUCUCGGCCAUAUACUAUGUUGCUGGAGGCACUGUAAACGGCUUCCCAUAUAUCUACGAAGUUUUAGAUUGGCGACAAGCGAAGCGAGCAGGCGCCAUCGUAGGUGGAGCUGCAGCCGGUGUGAUCAUCAUCUACGCGUUUCUGUGGGGGCUCGCUCUCUGUCGGGACAAGAUCUCUACCUCACUCAUACGCACCACAAGCCACGAUUUAGCUCCCGUACCGCCCGAUCGACAUAUGGCAUAAGACAACCUAUAUCCUAACAGAGAACAAAUUCGUAAAUAAUAUAUUUAGUGUUUUAAAGUGUGGCCAUUCCUCUGUAGUUGGUUAAGAGCAUAAUUAUUAUGUGUUUCAUUUUCUAAUGGCAGAGUUUCUGCAAAAGCUCCUUUAUGAUAAUAUUAUCAUUGUUCUGUGUCAACAACACAUCGGUGUUUGUUUUAAUUUAUUAAAUAAAUUGUCUGAAGGUAUUAUUGAUGUGAAACAUCUAUAGCCGCACGUAAAACCGAUUUCUGGCGUG